GCGAACCUUGGCCGGUUGCCAUGGAAACCGGCCCGCGGUAACCCAGCGUGCCUCGUUCUGCAGCUGUCCAAUUGUGAGCUCCCCGACGGGCGCCCCCCGAUGACGCACACGGAAGCGCCGACAGGUCCCGCCUCCCAGGGAAGAGGAACCGGCGCAACGCUUCCGGGGGCCUGGCGGCGGCGGUCAAUGCCGACAGUCCCGGGCGCCUCUAGGGGAGUCUCGGACGUGAGGCCGAAGGCCCCGCUCCCUGCGUUAUCCAUUCAUCAGGUGAGAUAGUUCUGUGCUAGGUGAAUAAGCUGCACGUGCAGCCCCUGCCCUGGUGCGGCUCACAGACUGGGGAGACAGACAUGAGAAUUGGCAACAGAGGAGAUGCAAGCAAGGAAGGCUUCCUGGAGGGAGUAGCAUCGUGCCAAUCUAAAGAACUUGCAGCGUCCAGAGAAGUUAGAAGAAUGUCACAGUGAAAUAGAAGCCCCCAGGAGGCAGUGAGAUUAUCUGCUGAGAAGACUGAACCCAGAUGCUGGUCCAGCCUCCAAGCAAAGACACAGAGGAGAUGGAAGCAGAGGGCGAUUCGGCCGCCGAGAUGAAUGGGGAAGAGGAAGAGAGUGAGGAGAGGAGUGGCAGCCAGACAGAGUCUGAGGAGGAGAGCUCUGAGAUGGAUGAUGAGGACUACGAACGGCGCCGCAGCGAGUGUGUCAACGAGAUGCUGGACCUGGAGAAGCAGUUCUCAGAGCUAAAGGAGAAGCUGUUCAGGGAACGACUGAGUCAGCUGCGGUUGCGGCUGGAAGAAGUGGGGGCGGAGAAAGCCCCCGAGUACACAGAGCCUCUGGGGGGGCUGCAGCGGAGCCUCAAGAUUCGUAUUCAGGUGGCAGGGAUCUACAAGGGCUUCUGCCUGGAUGUGAUCAGGAAUAAGUACGAGUGUGAGCUGCAGGGAGCCAAACAGCACCUGGAGAGCGAGAAGCUGCUGCUCUAUGACACCCUGCUGGGGGAGCUGCAGGAGCGGAUCCAGAGGCUGGAGGAGGACCGCCAGAGCCUGGACAUCAGCUCCGAGUGGUGGGACGACAAGCUGCAUGCCAGGGGCAGCUCAAGGACCUGGGACUCCCUGCCGCCCAGCAAGCGGAAGAAAGCACCUCUCGUCUCUGGCCCUUACAUCGUGUAUAUGCUGCAGGAAAUCGACAUCUUGGAGGACUGGACCGCUAUCAAAAAGGCUAGGGCAGCUGUGUCCCCUCAGAAGAGAAAAUCGGAUGUGACGUUCCCCUUCCCACCUAACCCCAGGACCGUGAUUCCGCUAUUCAUCACCAAGGGUUCCCUCAGCGUGGCUGGCACCAAACCCGACAUUCACGUCCUCCUGCUACAGAAGGGUGGGCUGGCGAGCCCUGUGGGGUCCACCUGACAGCCCAGCCAGCCCUGCAGUGUGGCUGCUGGGGCCUCACCUCCAGUGGUCACUGGUCAGGACUCUUCCUCCAUCCCUCCCCAGGGGUCUGCAUGGCUGUAGACCUGGAGCUGACCUGGGCAGAGAAGCCGUCGUCCCUGUCCCCGACUGGCCCAUUGUCUCCCCUUCCCAAAGAUCAGCCGCCUCCGUGCCCUCCCUGACCAAAUCCUUGCCUCAUUUUAAGCCAAAGCAACAUCUCCUUCCUGCUGACCUUGGACCCCGAUUCCCCAGCCCCUGAGCCAGGGAGCUAAGCCCCACUGCGUGGGAACUCUGAUUCAUUACUUAUAAGUGGGGGGCCCUGUCUGAUCUGGCUGGGGCUGGAAGUGAAAAGCCAGGCUCCCCAGGCUUUCUCAGGGCGUCUCUUGUCUGCCUCCCGGGUGGCGGGGAUUGAAAUUAAAACCUCUCCUGGGACUCUG